UUCAGUCUAGCCGGUGGGUUGAGUCAGUCAGAAGAAGGCUGUGCUAACCCAACAAAUCCAAAUCACUGUGGGAACACCGACAAGAGAAAGAAGAGGCCGAAAAAUACAUCCACCGGAUGACGUUUUUAGUUAGAGGCACAGCGGAAAGAAAACGGAAAAAGUUGGUUUUGAGUGUUGCUGAUGCUGCGUUUAAUGCCGGGAACCGUCUGGACCUGCGUGCAAGCGUUCGGCUCAUUUAAGUCCGUUAUCUUCGCUCCAGUAUAGCCGCCUGAGCUAACACGCUGUUAGAGAUGAACCGGCAGGCUACAUGCUAACCCAUCACCGGUAUAUUGCUGACAGUGUGCAGUUGUUGCCACCAUCCAUCCAGUGAUCCACGCUGACUCUCCCUUUCAGUUUCUGCUCAGCAUCCAUAUUUGCAUCCCAGGGAGUGGCAGCCACUAAUCCCCUCUUUUUCCACCCGUGGCUAGGAAAUCAAAGUUGGACACCCCCUGAAUUUUCUCACAGGAUGCUAAAACAUGGAGAGUGACAGCCACCACUCCCACAUCUAGUGCCUGAUCCAAAAGCCUUCAUCGCCCAGGAAGGAGGAACUCUCAGGUCUCCCUGCUAACGUAGAAUGAACAUGCUCAAGUCCAGUGGACUGAAAAUCCCUGGGCGCGGGGCCAAGCAUUCCAGCCCAGUGGGAAGGACCUCAGCGGGUGGAACGUCCAGCCCCGUUGCCCCUAAAGACAGUGCUGCGCUGAAGCCCACCACUCCAACUAAAAUCUCGGAAGAGGGCGACGAUGUUUUGGGGGAUUACACCGUUGGCGAACAGGUUUGGGUCAACGGUGUGAAACCAGGAGUUAUCGCCUACCUAGGGGAGACCCAGUUUGCUCCAGGACAGUGGGCAGGCGUCAUACUGAAUGACCUAGUUGGCAAAAACGAUGGUUCAUCUACUAGGCGUAACUUUUGA